AUGAAACUUUCUGAGAAAAAAAGUUUCUUUUCAAGUCUAGUGCUAAAUUUAAGACUUUUAUACGAACUGAUAUUGAUGAUUUUGGUGGUCAAUUAUGGUUUUGUGGUUUGGUUUUUGGGACUUUUUUGGUGGACCAAGAAGCAGGAUGUUAACGGACAAUUGGCCCUGGUGACUGGUGGAGCAAAUGGUUUCGGUCGAGAAAUCAGUUUUCAAUUUGCAUCUUUAGGAUGUGAUAUUGCAAUUGCUGAUAUUGAUAGAAAAUCUGCCAUGAUAACUGUAGAAGAUAUUAAAAAGCAACAUCCUGGUGUCAGGAUACAAUGGUACCAGACAGAUGUCAGCAAUCCCGAACAAGUAGAUUUGCUGAAAACGAAUAUUUUAAAGGAUUUUGGACGAUCAGUGGAAAUCCUGAUCAAUAAUGCAGGAGUUAUGGAAAUGUUUUCCUUUUCCAUAGACCAACCAUCUAUUUUCAAGAAAAUUGUAGAUGUCAACUUGAUGGCACACGUUUUGACCAUAAACGCCUUUCUGCCUCCAAUGAUCGAAAACCAAAGGGGCUUGAUCGUGGCAGUGGCGUCCGAGGCAAUUUUCGCCGGAGCCAGAUAUGGAGCAGCAUACUGCAGCAGCAAAGUGGCAGUCAAAACAUUAAUGGAUUCUUUAAAAGACGAUUUAAAAAUGAGAGGAAUAAAAGGAAUAAAUGUCUGCACGGCUUUGCCUUAUUUUAUGAAAACCGAUGUUGAGAUGUUGAACAGAUUCAAAUUCUUAAUUCCUCCAAUUUGUCCAAAAUAUGCAGCUCGCAUAUUAGCAAAUAAUGUUCUACGAAAUGUGACCACUUUUACGAUUCCUACGACUCAUUAUUAUUGUAUGGCACCAAUAAGGUUCUUCCCAGAAAAAGUGAGAUUCAUCCUCCUAAAUUGGCUCUUGCCAAGAAUUUUGGGGCUGACCAAAGAUUGUGAUGAAUUUUUGCAAAAUCAAAAACAAAAUCGAAAAAAUCAAAUGAAUGGUAACACAAAUGUUACUUUGGAUCUUAAUAGAUAUUAA